AUGUGGUUAUCGAUAAUAGUUACCCUUACUAUCAACAGAAUGGAUUCAACAAUGCUGUUCCACAUUUUACUACCCUUUACGCUGUGUCACAUGAUUUACAUAGUCAUUCCUCAGCAUUGUGACAAUGGAGAAUACUCUAUAUUUGGCAAGAUGCUAAGAGGACACAUAUUUAAAACGAUAAAGGUAUCAACUCCCCAUGAAUGUCUUCAGGCGUGCAACAAUGACAUCAGAUGUCGAAGCUUUAAUUAUGUCAUCAUGAGAGACGUGUGUAAGCUUAACAACCGGACCAAGGAAGCCAGGCCUGGAGAUUUUGUUCCUGACUCUAAAAGAUACUAUUUUAAAAGAACUGCAAAAUCAGGCAAGUUUUUUUAGAACCGGUCCUUGACGGCUUGGAAAUAGACUAAAAGGGAAGUUUCCAAAAACGAAAAAAAAUGGGAAAGUGCCAUCGUCGGAAUGAAGGUUUUCUCUACACGGCAAAGCGAGAGAAGAUCUGAUAUAGGCAGAUGCGUUUCACAAACGUGGUCAAUUUUAAUGACCCCAAAGCUAGCCUUUAUGGUGCCUGACAAAUUGUGUCUUGCCAGAACAGGGUGUUCUAACUCGAUAGCGCCCCGCCGCCAUUUAGUAAAAAAGCGAUAAUCGUGAGGACGAGUUUAUAUUUCACACACCAAACACUUAGGCCAUGAGAAUGAUAAAUGUGUGAUGAAAAAUUCCAUGUCGGAUGUGGGCUGUGGGACUGAAAAAUUUCAUUCCUGGCAUGAAAAUUGUUUGAAGGAAAACAAAAUGAAAAUUUUAGUUUCAGCUUGGUCAGCCUAAUUAGUUGAAAGGAAGGGCUGUCGAAAACGACACUGGAAAAUCAUGACUAACCGAUUUUUAAAGUAAGACCAAACAAAGUUUAUCAGCGCAGUGCGAAUUUGUCUCCCCCAUUCACAGAGCAGCUUAAGCGUUGUUUACCAUACUGUUCAAUCAUUUGUUGAUCUCUUCUGUAUAAAUUAAGUAUAAAUUAUGUAUUUUUAAGUAGUAUUAUCUCUGUUUGUCUUUUUUCUAAUACUGUUUCAUGGUCUUUUGGAUAAAUAUGUUACCUGAAUUAACAAGUGGUGCAACAAUCUGAACAAGGAGUCAGGGUUUGACAUUCCACUUGGCAUAUUCCUACCCAAAAAAAAAAGGGUGUGGCGGGGGGGCGGUAAAAAGACUGACUUAUUCCACAAGAACACUAACGAGAGAUCACUUCAUGUUGCAGUGCAUUUAGACUGCACUGUGUUGAGGUCAACGAUCAAGACCUCGCAGCUUCCUAUCGACUACGUCUCUUUCUCAGAAUAUUAUUUUGCUUUGCAGUCCCACUCGGUUCUAUUCCUGAGAUACCUGCCGAAACUUGCAAAGAAAUCAAAGCCAGUGAACUUGGACAAGCAGUCAGUGGUGACUAUUGGUUUGAUUCGGUUCUACCCGGCAAGAUAAUUCUUCUUCCCUGCAAUAUGGAAACAGAAGGUCAGUGACUUAAUUUUCGAGUCAUCAAAGUCAUCUCAGGUUAUGUUCACACGACGAAAAGGUUUUCGUGCCGGCGCAAAAAGCUAUCCGACAUAGUGUGAACAGCAACAGCACCAGGAACUGGAAUAAGUCGUUCAUACACAUCAAACAUGGUGCAGCCGGAACGGUUGGCCGAGAGGGUUUGGGCGAGAGGGUUUGGUGCAUUAGUUGCGUGUAGAUAUGUUUUCAUCGAUAUUUUUAAAUUCAAAUGUACAAUCACUUUUUCUUUUCUUUUUGUAUUUUUAAAUUCGUUGUGUUUAUCUUAAAAGUUUUUAAUAUCGUAAAUUUAGGAUUGUAUCUUGUAGUAUUUUUAAAGUUUAAUUCGUCGUGUCUAUUUUUAUUAGUUCUAAAUAUUUUAAUUACGAUUGAGGGCCAUUAGUUCAUCAGUGUUUACUGUCAUGUGUUACCCUCAUUAAAUAAAGUUGCUACCUACUUAUUUACCUACCUACCUACUAAAUCUCAAUCCUCACAUUUCAAUCCUAACUUCCAUCUCAGGAGAUUCCGAUGCUAUUUCUACUUAUUCACUUCCGCUACGGCUCGAAUACCUGUUCACAUCAGGAUGCAAAAUACACCAAAGUGCGGUACAGAUGUGUGACGCUCCACUUUCGAGAUCGGCACGGCAGAGCUUGGCUCUGUUGCAGAAAUAGCGCCUAAAUCACCUUUCUUAUGUAUGUGUGAACAGAAGCCGUAUCCGAUAUGAAUUUCCCGGGACAUCCAAAGAGAAGAUUUGAGAAAAGACCUAAAAACAACAACAAAGCGUGAAUAAAGCUUUCUGAAGCCAUUUUAAGCAUUUUGGGAGGUUGUUGGAAAAAAGUUAUCUGUACCACACUCCCAGCAAGUCUGAUGGAAGAGUUCCCAGUAAGCAAGGUGCACCUACAACCUGCAACCUGACUUACUGGGAAGUUUCCCAGAAGACAUCACGGGCCAGUUGGGAGUGGUCAUAGGGCAAAAUUAAGCACUUCAGUGGAGGGGGGAGUUUUCAGACAAAUAGCCCAUAGCAGCUAUUUGCCAGCAAUACUAUCCUUCAAAGGGCAUAUUAUUUUUCCCAAUCUUCCAGCCAAAACUGAAAAAAAUUUCCUGAAGAACAGAUACUUUGAGGAACAGAUCCAUUGGGCGCCCCUGACUUUCGUGCAGGUACAGUGUGAACAAUUAGCCUCAGAUUUGUGUGUCUGUUUCAGAUGCCGAUGAAUGCACAGCGCCAGCCGUCUGUGACGUCAUCAAUGGCAACUGUACCAAUACGCUUGGUUCCUACUUUUGUUCCUGCAAAGUUGGUUUCAUUGGUGAUGGAAGGAACUGUACUGGUGAGACGAAUACAAAUAUGCUUCUGCAAAAAUAAUCAUAUUCCUGCCAUAAACCUAACUUGAAUAGAAAAAUAAUAGGCCAUUUCCGAGUUCCAAAACCUCUCACUUUCUUUCUUUCUUUCCGUUUUUUAUUUGCAUGGGAAUAAAAAAAUCAUUUUCAUAUCAGUAGAUCCGCACGUCGCCUCGCUUUGAAACAAAGGCUUGGAGCAGCUCGGUUUCACUGUUUCCCAGUGUCGCACACUUUUAUACGUGCUUUGUUUAUCAGUCAGUUACAACAAAUUGUAAAUGCGUAAAAGAGAGGAACCAUGCUUUCUCUUUUAUUUUGGCGACUUAAGUGCGCUGGUGUCAAAGAGUGCAGUGUUAUUUUCAGUUACACUGAGCCUUUUCAAAUGGACAACACCGAGAGUGAACUACAAAUUAACGGCGUGGCCUUUUAUCCAAAUGCUUCAGAAACUUUCUUUAGGUUAUAUAGAAUGUUUUCAGUAAGCUCUAUAACUGCAACCUGUGCUAUUAUAGUAUUUGAAAGUCUUCAGAAAUGAGAAACUUUCUUAUUUUUCAAUUUUAAUUAGAAGUCCAUCCUUUGGAAUAUUAGCCAAAGGAACUAAAGAACACUGUCUCUUUAAUCUGUCCACAGAUGUCAACGAGUGCAGUGCUUCACCCUCUGUAUGUCACGUUAAUGCCAGUUGUCAGAACAACGUAGGUUCUUAUGUUUGUUCUUGUAACACUGGUUUCACUGGAGAUGGGAAAACAUGCACAGGUAAGAUCGCACCGUUUUCAUUUGUGGUUCUUUUUAUUCAGCUUUUCGUGUUUAGCAACAACCCAAAUUUUGUCGAACGUGCAAAAAGGCGUCCAAGAUUUCAAAGUUUAUAACAUGCUAUAAUCGGAGUUAUUUCUCUCUUGUUUUUUUAUUUUUGAUGGUAAACAUUCUGUGAAAAGGUAUGUUUUACUUUUGAUUUUGUUUACAAUUGAGCUAGGCCACAAGCGCCCUGAAAAAGUGCAAUCGGCUUACCCCGAUAUAUCCUUCAGUAUUCCUGUUAGGUGAAGCUCUUUUUACUGGAGGAGUUAGAUCAGGGUCGGGAAGGGUAUUCCAGGGAUACGGGAUACAAGCCAAAAGUACGGUGCAUGGUAUGGGAAACGUUGAAGGGAUACAGGAUUUGAAUGCCACCUGGGAAGCGGGAUUCACCAAAAUUUGAGCACGGAUACGAGAUUGGGAAAGAAAGCAAGAAUAUUCGUUCUCGCGGGAUCUGGACCCCCCGUUUCCAGACACUUGUUGUAUUAAAAAGUUACCACAGGCCAAAGGACAGGAAAGUGCUACUGAAGAAGACUGCCUGCUAUUUUUAAAUGUUUUCCGUUUUGAUCCAUAGAUGUUAACGAGUGCAGUGCCUCAGCUCCCGUUUGUGACGUCAAUGCCAACUGUCAGAACAAUAUAGGGUCCUAUGUUUGUUCUUGUAACGCUGGAUUUACUGGAGAUGGGAACACGUGUACGGGUAAGAUAGCACCGUUCAUUUGUCUAACAGCCGGAGUGAGCCUGUAGUCUGAGAAAACAGCAGAGAUUUCGCAACGUCACCACUGGAUUUAUGACGUCUGAGGAACGAACGUAGAAAUAAUGAUAUCUAUGACGUGUCACUGCCCAGAUCCUAGUAGUACUUCUGAUUGCACGUGCCGCGAGGGGAAUAUGCUGCCUUCAAACAAUCAGAAGGCUACCCAAAUCUGGGUAGUGGGCUGUCAUCAGUAUGAAAUUUCUGCUCGUUCCCCAUCCCCAGCCUUCAUUAUCGGCUGUUUUCUUAGGCUGGAGUGAGCUCAAAGUUACCAAAAAAAUAAUGAUCUAAUCGCUGUGAUAGGAGGUUAUAGCAACACCUUCUGUUUUUGAAAUUUUCCCUUUUAAUCCAUAGAUAUAAACGAGUGCAGUUUCUCACCUUCCGUUUGUGACGUCAAUGCCAACUGUCAGAACAAUGCUGGCUCUUAUACGUGUUCUUGUAAUGCCGGGUUUAUAGGAGAUGGAAAUACGUGCGAACAAGGUAUGUCAGUCUUACUGUGACAUGGCACAUCACUAGACCAGCAGAAACUAUUUUCCUGUCAGCUGUUAUGUAUAUUUAUUAGCUAAAAACAAGGAAGAAGAAGUCUGUUUCAGGCUAAGACGACUAUUCAAAUAGGAACGUGAACUGGAUCAUAUACUGAGCAGCCUAUUGCCCCUUCGAAUUUGUGCCCCUCUCUUCUCUAAAAUAAAAAAGAAAGAACAGAAAAUUUACGGGGUGCACAACCAGAUAAGGCCUUUACUUAGUGAGUCACUUCAAAAUAAAAUUGCGCUUUUCUUGAGCAAAUGACAAAUAACAAAAAGAUUUAAAUUAAAAGCAACGAGAUUUGGGUUGAGUUUGUUGUUGGUUCUCUCCCUUGCUCCAUGAGGGUUUUGUCCAGGUAAACCGGUUUCCCCUUCUCCUCACUGAAACCAAGGAAGCUAGACGAAGAACGACUAUAGAGAUGUGCUUCCCCUAAAAACCGUUAUUUAUUUUUUCUAUUUUUUUAUUUGUCUAUUUAGUAGAUUAACACACCUUUUACUAAAGAAACUCUUUGUCCAACGCUUCUUUGUUUCCUUUAUAAGACCUCAGUUCCUGUGCAGCGCUAAGAGCCAGUCACACAGCGGACGGAAUUUAUCAACUACAAACAAGCUCUUCAUCAAUUUCGGUAAGUAGGUUUCGGGUGAGUUUCGAGACUAUUCAAAUUGAUUUUUUGCUGAACUGAGGCAGCGGUUGAAAGGAAGGAGAAAAAACAAAAUAUUAAUGUAAAUUAAUGUAAUUAAUGGUUAAUUGCCUCUUAACGUUUCUCAAGGGUAAGAGUACAUUGUUUUUGGUAGAAACUAAGAGGUUGUUGACAUGGAGGGAGGAAGAUUCUAGCACCAGGAAGAUCCUACAUUGUGGAUCAUCCCAGCGCCAUAUAUUAGAUUCAGUUUACAUGCAAAGGGUUGUACUUGCCCCUAGCGCUAAGAUCUUCACAGCUGAGAGGUUGGAAGAUCCUAGUACUAGCAAGAUACUAGCACCAUCUAAACUGCCUUCGCUAUAGGCAGAAAAUACAGUACUAGGGACAAACCAAACAAAAAUAGCGACGGGUCGGUCAGUGCCUAAUCACUGCAAUAAAGGCCAAGCAUUACCUUUGGCGUUACCAGGAGUCCUGCCAAGCGCUGACUCAGGGGCACCCAACGAGAAUAUAGUUCAAAACCACUUAAACAUAGAAUUGUUAAACGUAUUUUAGUAUUUAAACGGUAGAUAUAGGCAUAUUUUCAUCCCCUAAAAAUUUUUCAUCUGUUCGGAUUUCCUAGCUGAAAGUCAAGUGAUCCGAAAAUUAUAGGGAUCAAAACUUACCUUUUCGAAAAUUUUAGCCAGAAAAAAGGCUCCCGAAAAUUCUAGGUGACCUUUUUAGGGUAAAAUUCGUUAAAAAUAGGCAAUUAUACCAUUUUUUUAGAUUUCCGAAAAUCCUAGGAGAGGCAGGCAAACAAGAAAUUUUACAACAAAUGUACCGAAAAUUCUAGAUCUCAAAUCGUCUUCCGAACAGAUAUUUUUCCGAAAAUUGUUGAUGGGUGCCCCUGCUGACUGCUGUGACAAUUCUGCUUAACGCCGAAAGGACCGAAAGGUCCCAAAUCAGGGGCACCCAACGACUGUUUUCUUUAAAGUAUCUGUUCGGAGAAGCAAAUGCUGCCUAGAAUUUUCUAUUGCUUGAGGAGGAUUAAAAAUUUCUAGAUGACUGUUCCAUUCAUGUACAAUUUUCGAAGGUUAUCUAAUUAUUUCCCUACGAUUUUCUGAAGUUUAGUUCUUUACAUUUCACUGCCCAGGUUAGGCUAUUUUUCGUGCAAAAAAGAAACUUAAAAUUUUCGGAUUCAAAAAUGUCAUGGAGCGAGGAAUCAGAAAAAUUCUCACUUUCGUAAUACGUUAAAUUGUAUCUAAAAUUUUCUGCAAAAUAAUACUGAAGCCCUUGUAAUUUCGAAAAGACUCAAGUUGCCCUAGCGUGUCCGAACAGGUACAAAUUUUAUAGCGCCCCCUAGAAUGCAUUUCUAGAGAUCGUAAAGUACUCUGGAUAGCCUAAAAAACGAUUUCAAUGUAUCUAGGAGGAAACCGUCGUGGGUGCCCCUGCCAAAUUGCAUUUUUGUUUUUGUCACCCGCCAUUUUGAAUUCCUUCUCGAUCCUUCUCUACUUUCUCUACUUGGGAACCACACGGACCGACUCAGCAUGUUAGCCCAACGAAAAAUUGUUCUUCCUUCGAGGAUCUUCCUUCCUCCAUGUAAAUAGCCCCUAGUUCGGGAAAUUGAUCCGACCUGCGGUGAAAUCACUUUUUCUAUGGAAUUAUUAAUUUGGAGUAGACUCGUUUACGUUCAGCCGAACAAGACGGGUUUUAUGUUACUGAAUGAAUCCACAUACAUACUCACUGAAAAGCCAUGUCAUAAAUUUCAUUUCAUUUCAUUUUUAUUAAUUAAUACUAAUUAAUCCAAAUUUACAAUUUUAUUUUCCCACUGCCCACAAAAAGCAAAGAAGGUAGCAAAGGCUAGUCUAGGUGGGCAAUGUCCAUAUAAAAAACGAUUACGCACUCCAGCCAUUGCAUUCACUGAUUCACAAGUAAACAAAAGUAUUUAUAUCAAUGUACAAAUGAUAAGAACAGAAAGGGGAAAAUUUAAUUAAUACAAUACUGAGAUUAACUGGAAUAAAGAAUAGUAAUAAAAAAACUUACAAGUACAAACGUACACUAUUAAGACGAUUGCAUAGAUAAUAAGUGGGUGAGUUACGGAUUAAGAUUGAGAAUAUGUUGGAUUUGUCGUAAUAAGUUAGGUAGAUCGGGAUAGUCGUCUGUCUGUGAAAGGAUUUAAAGUAAGCAAUCAUGUAUUUUUUUUAAAGCUAUGCUUUGGGAGUUUUCUAAUACUCAGAGGUAUGCAAUUCCAUAUUUUGGCGCCGAAUCUUGAAAAUGAUUUCCUUGUUUAUCCAGUCAUUAAAAUUUAAUUGAUUCGUAAUCUCCUCUUUACGAGGAUCUAGUGUUUAAUAUAAGCGUGUACUUAAUCAGUAGUGUUGAAUAAGCGUAAAAUAUUUUGUGGCGCUAAAUUGUUUGUGAUAUCGUGCAUAAGAAUAGCAACUGAUUUGAAAUAGAACAUGUUUAGAGGAAGGAUACGAGAGGGGGAAAAAAAUGCAAUCGCGUGAGGUGUAUAAUGGCCAAAGUCACCAUCAAACAAAAGGCACGCUUUUGCAGCAAAAAUAAUCGGGUUAGUAUGAGUCUUUACCCCUUGUCUCCAGGCGAAAAUACCAUAUGACAAAUAAGAGGAAAGAGGAGCUUUAUAAAUAGUCUGCUAAGAAUCUGAGUCUAGCAAUUAUGCAAACUGUUUCACACAUUUUUUUUAUUAAUAAGAUUAAUAUGUUGCUUCCAAGUCAAAUUGUUGUCGAUGAGCACUCCCAAGUCGCUCACAAAAACUUUGCAAUUAUUAUUUUUAUGUCACCCUUUUUAUAAAUAAAGAUAAAGGAUUUUAGGGGACUUUAUGAGAUUUUUUAGACGGAUGAAACCGGGAUCAUUUUUGGAGAUGUUUUAGGCCAUUUUUAAAAUUAUUUUUAUUGUAGCUUGUAGGGCCCGGCCCCCACAUGGCUUCCAAACUCAGUCAACCGUAUAAUUUUACCUUCAGGUGUAUUGUGACAUGACGACUAAUGGAGAGGGCUGGACUCUGGUGGCCCGGUUCUCGAACGCCGACGCUGCAAACUGGAUGAAAGACUCUGGAGAAUGGUGGUAUGAUAAAACUGUAGCUUAUGGACAUACCACUGUCCCCUCAAGCAACUCUGACAUGAUCUCUCCAGCAUUCUGGCUUGUCAGCGGAACUCAUUUCAAGAUUACGCGCAGUGAUAACCCUCAAACCGCUUUGUUGAAGACCACAAGUAACUGUUUGGGCGGGCAGACAUUCAGAUCUAAGAUAACAAGCUAUGGUAACUUCAGAAACGGCCGAGUUUGGGCAAGCAACAAGUGUCUAGCAAAAUGUGCCGUGCAAUACGGCGGACAAUACCAAACGACUCAUGGCUUUACGAUGUCAACUUGCUCUGGGAGCGUCCAAAGCGCUAAUUAUAUCGGGUUCUGGUGCGACUACAGUAGUGGUGAUGGAGCUGUAAUGAUGAUUGGUGGCGGCGGAUCCGCUUGUUCACGUGCUGAUCACGGGAUUGGGGUAACAGAAGCUAACAGCGCUAACUUCGAUUUCAGUCCUGAGAGAGAUUUUGGCAAUGAUGGUGGUUCCGGGACCAGCGCCUACUCGUUAAACCUAUGGGUGCGCUGA